AUGACCUCGCCAGUCCGGCCUGGGUCACAGCCGCAGUUGACCUCGCCCAUCGCGAGCUCGCCUUCAACCGGAUAUCCUUUUCCAGACGUGUCAAGAAGCCCUUACAGCACUCCUAGGGGACCGCUGCGACGAGGAUCGACGGCGAGCUCAAUUACAAGCGUUGGAGGCGCUCUCGAUACUGGUUCCGUAAACCAUAACAAUACCAUCACAGAGGUUGGGCAGAAUGCCAUUUCCACCUUGCUCCAACAUCCGAUUGUACGAACUGGACUGCAAGCAAACACUCCUCUGCCGAACUCUGGAUACAAAGCACCGACGCAUCGUGACAUCCCCCCUGUGGCGCUUACGAAUAUUCCGCAUGUCGAAGCAAAGACGUUCCAUCCUUACCUCGCGCAAGUGGGGUCGUUGUAUGAAGCUUUCCAACGGGCCAAGCAUGAAAAUGAGGGAGAGACUUCGUUGUUCCACCGGGACAAGAAGGACACCAGAAAUGAAGAAUGGGAGGCCAUUCUGAACAAGCGGCUGCCGCAGCGGCCUGGUCAUUCUCGGGUGGGAUCGAUGAGCUCCAGCGUAUCCACGCCUGUAGAUACACCGCAACCGAAAAGGCGACAAAGUGGCCAGCGUCGUCAUGCUGCAGUUACUCCUCUGUCUACGAUUCCGCCUGUCUACUUCGAGGAAGAUUUCCAUCUGGAGAACCCAAGAACUUUCGACAUCGUCUCUGAACAUUCUGAAAUCGUCCGCGACCCUACUGGCACCCCCAGCGGGAGGAAGUCGUUGGCUACGAAUGCAAUUCUACAAGAGAAGUUGUCUUGGUACAUGGACACUGUCGAGGUUCACUUGAUCAAUUCCAUUUCCACAGCGUCCAAGUCCUUCUUCUCGGCGCUCGGCUCACUGAGGGAGCUACAUGGCGAGGCUGCAGACUCGGUGGAUCGCAUACAAAAGUUGCGCAAGGAGCUCGCAAAACUGGAUAAGGAGAUGGCAAUUGAUGGCCUGAAAGUGGUCAAUCUUAACCAGCGCCGCGAUAAUGUCCGUCAGCUUGCCCACGCGAUGAUGCAGCUCCAAGACAUUGUGAAAGCCGUACAGGAUUGUGAAGACAUGGUAGAGAUGGGUGAAAUCGACCAGGCUUUGGAUCGUUUGGACGGCGUCGAGGCAUUGAUGGCUGGGAGGGAAGUCAAGCCCACGCAGCCUGGCGAGUCGGUCCGAUACCCGAAACGUGAUUUGCGGAGAAUGAAAGCACUCGAAGGUGCUUCUGAUGACCUAAAUCAGCUACGGUAUAGGGCAGGACGGGGUUACGAGGCGCGGUUUCACACCAGCUUGUUGAAUGACAUCAGGCGUCAUGUUGAGCAAACAGAGACUGGAGCGACGCUUCAUAGAUGGGGCUCUGCGUACACCAGACCAAGGCCUGGCCAAAGGAGAGCUCCAUCAAAUUUUCCGGGGUAUAUGAACAUCGGGCCUGAAUUGCGGGCCGAACUUGAAGCGGAGAUGAAAGGCCUGUCGAGAGCCAGAUAUACCACACCAGCCGCGACGACAUUCCGGGCCUUGGUCUUGCGGGAGAUGAAGAGCAUGAUCAGGAAGCAGCUACCCAGCUCCAAUGACGACGACAACGUGUCCACCGUAUCAGCAUCAACUGUGGGCGGCAGACAGAUGAGUCAGCAAGAGAAAUCCUCCAUUUUGGCCAGGAAUCUGAGAGCCCUCGAUGCGGAGGACUGGUAUGAGAUGUUGGCCAAGAUGUACACCAAUAUUAGCGAGGGUUUGCGCCGGCUCAGUGUGCAGGUCAAAAUCUUGCUGGAUAUCACAAGUACUUUGCCGGAUCAUACGAUUCAAUCACCACCGAGGAGUCCUGAGCCGGCGAGCAUCGACAGAGUAAUGAGCCCCCCAACUGGUCGGCCGAGAGCGAAAAGUACGGUGCAAGCGGAGAUGCAACAGGCGCUUGACCUGUCGAGUUUGUUAGGCGAAGGUGUUGAUCUGGUUCAGGGGCAGAUUAGCAAGGUAGUCAAAGUGCGCUCUCAGCAGAACUCCGAGCUACCACUUACGGACUUUUUGCGAUACUUCAGCCUCAACAAAUUAUUUGCCGAUGAGUGUGAGGCAAUCUCGGGUCGAAGCGGGGCGGCCCUGAAGACGGUUAUCGACACCCAGAUCAAGGAUUUCGUGGCGCAUUUCGGCAAUUCUCAGAAACACGAGAUCAUCAAGGUCAUGGACAGCGACAAAUGGGACGCGAAAGACUUCGGAGAGCCGGAAAACGAGAUCUUGGCUCGGGUCAUGGAGGGCAGCACCAAUGAUGCUGUCGCUUGGAUCGAGAGUACCAUGAUCUGGCAGAAUGGAAGCAACGACUCCAAGGGAAGCAACGGCACUGCAACCAAUGGUACUGCCGGAGCUGCGGCAAAGGUGCGCAGCGCUGUGGUGGACGAACAAAAGUACAUCCUCCCGGAAUCGGCUCUGGCUAUGCUCCGGUCCAUCGAGAGCUUCCAACACCUAGCUGCAGGGAUUCCUAGCAUGAGUCCAGAAGUGGCCAAUCUGUUGUUGGACAGUUUGAAGUUGUUCAAUUCGCGAAGCUCUCAGCUCAUUCUUGGGGCUGGCGCCACGAGGAGUGCCGGACUGAAGAAUAUCACGACCAAACACCUUGCUCUGUCGUCCCAAGCGCUCAGUUUCAUUGUGGCCUUAGUUCCGUACGUCAGGGAGUUCUUCCGUAGGCAUCUGCCUUCCCAUGCUGCGGCACAGGUGAUGAAUGAGUUUGACAAGGUCAAGCGUCUGUUCCAGGAACAUCAAAAUGGAAUCCAUGAGAAGCUGGUUGAUAUUAUGUCCGGUAGAGCGUCGAUGCACGUCAAGUCAAUGAAGAACAUUGACUGGGAAGAAGCAGCGAAGAACAAAGCAACCACCGUCUCGCCAUACAUGGAGACCUUGACCAAAGAGACUGCCACCUUGCAGAAAGUGUUGGCCAAACAUUUGCCCGAGGGCGUGGUCUCGGGUAUCAUGUCCCCCGUGUUCGCGAGCUACCGGGAACAAUGGACAAAUGCUUUCAGAGGUCUCAACCUCAAUUCGACUGAGGCCAAAGAGAGGGUACUGGCAGAUGCGGAGUUCUUUAAGUCUCGGAUCAGCAAAAUCGAAGGGGCUGGCGAUCUGGGUGAACACAUUGUCAAUAUCGUCCAGGCGAAGGAGGUUGCCAGCGCACCUCCUCCUGCUGAAGCGGUAGAGGCGCCCAGGAGUGGGGGAACCGAGGGUCUAGAGUCCGAUGCAAAUACUGCUGGCGCCAAAGCGCUGGAUUCUGAGGGAAAAGAAGAACAGAAACCGACUCGAGAGCAGAACUAG